GGAAAAGUGAGGUUGAGGAGGAUGGCUGAGGGGCAUGUUGGGCCCUACCCCCAGGUGUUCGUGGUGGACAGCCAGGCGAGCCACGUCCCCAUGCCCAGUGGGAGGCACCUUAGGUGGGGAGGGAUCGGCCGGAGAGCCCUUCAGCUCCUGGUGGGUCUUGCGCUGGUCGGGAUCGUCAUGGAAGCCUGCUUUAUCGUGCACUUGUACAACAGGACAGGGGUGAGUGAGGGUGUAUGUGUGUGUGUGGGCAAGCCUCGGUCUGUCCCCGAGCAUCUCAAGGGGAAUUCCUUGUCUGAAUCUAGACUCUCCCCCACACUGUCACUGUGCAUCACAACACACUUUAAAAGAGCCUUGUCACAUACACACACACACACACACACAAAAAACAAAAACACAUGCACACACACAUGCAAAUUCUAUAUGUUGUGUUUCUGUGCUUCUGACACUCAGAGGACAAACACUUCCUGUAACUAGUAUUGGUUGCAGUGUGAAAUCACAUCCUCCUCUUCCUCCCUUUCUCUCUCUCUUUCUCUCUGUCUCUCUCUCUCGCGCGCACUCUCUCUCUCCCUCUCUCUCUCCCUCUCCCUCUCUCUCUCUUUCUCUCAAUCCCUCUCUCUCUCUGUCUCUCUUUCUCCAUAUCUCAAUGUCUCUCUCUGUCUCUUUCUCUCUCUCCACCCCCCCCCCCAUCUCUGUCUCUCUCUCUCUCAAUUUCUUUCUCCCCCUUUUCUCCCUCUCUCUCUCUCUAGGCCCUGAUGAAUGCUCAAUCCUUUAUCCAGAGGGUAAGUGAAGUGUAUAUAGUACAAAUGCUGUGUGUGUGUGUGCCUGUGUGUGUGUGUGUGCAUGCAUACGUGUGUGUGCAUGUGUACGUGUGUGUGUGUGUGUGUGUGUGUGUGUGUGUGUGUGUGUGUGUGUGUGUGUGUGUGCAUGUGUACGUGUGUGUGUGUGUGUGUGCAUGUGUACGUGUGUGUGUGUGUAUGUGUCAGAGUCUCAGGCUAAAACACACUAUCUGUUUCAGAGUGGCUCAGCUCAGGGUCUGACUGGAUCUGAAGGUACACUUUAUUCUCCUCUCUCUCUCUCUCUCUCUCUCUCUCUCCUCUCUCUCUCUCUCUCUCUCUCUCUCGCUCUCUCUCUCCUCUCUCUCUCUCUCUCUCUCUCUCUCUCUCUCUCUCUCUCUCUCUCUCUCUCUCUCUCUCUCUCUCUCUCUCUCUCUCUCUCUCUCUCUCUCUCUCUCUCUCUCUCUCUCUCUCUCUCUCUCUCUCUCUAGUACAUAGAAUCAUGUAUACAGGAACAACACUACUGCUGUUGUAUUGUGGAAUCUUCAGUACAUACAUUUAAUUAAAUAAAAAGAAUAUGAAUGGUUAAUAAAUAAACAACAACAUCUACAUGUAUGAUGUUUACACUAUGUAUUACUGUCAGUUAUAUACAAUGGUCAUGGGAUGUCCCUCAGGAUAUGGCAGUCGUAAACAUAUCUGGCAGUAAUAUUUGCAGUUUCUCCCUCACCCAGAAUAAUUCCCAGCCUUAUGUCAUUAGUAAAUGCAGAGAAUCUGGGAAUUGAUUGAGAUAUUUUCUUGAAAGAAGAUUAUCCUAUUUGGGAGUAUUUCUCACAGUAGAGGAAAAAGUGCAUCUCUGUCUCUACCUCCCCUGUCGUGCAGUGACCACAUAGACUCCUCUCUGGGUGUCCGUGUCUUUCUCCCUUAUUCUGUAGCCAAUAGGUGGCUGAGCCUGUACUUGGUCAGCAUCUGUCUCUGUUUUGGAUCUCUGACAGAGUAGAGAUAUUCUGCCAAUGUGUAUUCUCUUUUGAGGGCCAAAUAGCAAUUUAGUUCAUUCUAUGUUUUUGAUUCAUUUUCCCAAUUUGUCAAACAGGAGGUUUUUCUUUAUCAAUUUAAUUGAUUUCCCUGUGUGUUUGGAUAAUAGGUUUGUUUUCUGGGUUCAGCUCUUGGGUUUCCAGUGCUUUGAAUUGUAAGAAUGUUUUGGGACUUAAUUUCAGAUGGCGCCAAAAUUGUACUGUCCUUUUCUUAAUAUUUACAAUGAAAGGGAAUCGCCCGAGUUCCGCUCUGAAUACAUUAUGUGGUACUUUCUUUUGGAUAUUUAGGAUAAUUCUGCAGAAUUCGGUAUGUAGAUUUUCAAUUGGGUUUUUCUCUUGAUAAAAUUACUAUUGAAGGUUUUGCACCAGAUGUUCUUCUUAUGGAGUAAAGUGCUUGGUGGUUUUUUCAUUUACUGGCACUGAUAGUUAGUCCCAGGUAGAUGUAUCAUUGGACAUGUUCAACCAUGGUGAAGGAGUGUCUGCUGCUCUGAUAGUUAGUCCCAGGUAGAUGUAUCAUUGGACAUGUUCAACCAUGGUGAAGGAGUGUCUGCUUCUCUGAUUCCUGGCCCUUUUCUGGGAAAUCAUGACCUUGGUUUUCUGAAAGUUGAUGUUGAUUGCUCUCUCUCUCUCUCUCUCUCUCUCUCUCUCUCUCUCUCUCUCUCUCUCUCUCUCUCUCUCUCUCUCUCUCUCUCUCUCUCUCUCUCUCUCUCUCUCUCUCUCUCUCUCUCUCUCAGUCUCUCUCGCUCUCUCUCUCUCUCUUUCUCUCUCUACCUAUCUUUCUUUCUCCCUCCCUCUUUCUCUCUAUCGCCCUCCCCCCACUCUCUCUCUCUCUCAUGACAUCAUUUCCUGUCCCCUGACACAGAGACCAAUGACAUUUUAGUCGAGCAUACGAGGAGGACACGCCCAGCUGAAAUCCAACGGAAACCCUCAGCACACUUGAUAGGUACAGUACAGCUUCUCAACACACACACAUGCACGCACACACACGCAUGCACGCACACACACACACACACACAAACACACAAACACACACACACACUUAACCAGCAAUAUCUGCUCUCUUCACUCCCCCUCUGCCCCAUAUCUUUCUCUCCCCCAUUCCCCCAUCUCUCUCCCCUUCCCCUUACUCUCCCUCACUCUGCCCCCUCCUUCCUUCUGCCCCCCCUCCCUCCCUCCCCUCCCCUCCCCGCUCCCUCCACCAGGCCUGUCAGUGGGUGAGGAUAGUGUCGUUCUGUGGGAAUCAGAUAAGGGCCUGUCUGCCUUCACAGAUCAGAUGGACUACAAAGAUGGCCACCUGGUGGCACAGAGGGAAGGUUACUACUAUGUGUACUCCAAAGUGCACUUCGUUGAAGACUGCUUUCUGUUCAAACACACGGUGAUGAGGAUCACAGAGGGUUACAAAAACAAACCACUUGUGUUGAUGAAAGCUAACAGGUCAGUGAGUGUGUGUGAGGUGGUGGUCAGGGGGUGGGGAGGGGGGGGGGGGAUAGGGCUCCAUUUGGGAUGCAACCUAAGUGUCUAUCUGCCUCUCCGUUAGGUACCAUUGCCCUUCCAAGGAUUCCAGACCAAAGAAGAGUUCUCAUCAGAAUCUUCUGAACAGCUACCUGGGCGGAGUCUUCCAACUGUUGCCUGGAGACAUCAUCUAUGUAACCGUUAAAAACAGGACGCUGCUGAGACUUGGAACUGAAGAUAAUUUCAUGGGGGCAUUCAUGAUUUAGGAGACAGUGUGUAUUGACACACACAUAUGGGCAGGCACGCAUACAUUUGUCAAUCAGAUUUGUGUGUCAGUUAUAUUAUUUCAACGUAUAGAUUCUAACCAUCCAUGGAUUAAGGCGGGAAUUCAAUCCAAGGUGUGUUAUAGGGAAUCACACUAGAAAGCAGACAAUGGCCUUUUUAAAGGUAUUUUAAUCUUGAGUCAACAUCUGCAGCUUUUACCGCGAAUGCCUCCUCUGCAAACGGCAGGGAAAAUAACUUUAAAACAUGCAUUGUCUAGUUCAGUGUUUCUCAGUUCUGGUCCUGGGGACC